CAUAUUUAUAGCAUCUGACUCAGUCACUGAGAAAAAAAACAAGAUGAACAAAUACAGGAAUCAGAUGGCAGAGCAGUUCCUGAGUCAGGCCCUGGGCAUCAUCUGCCUGCUGACCGGAGAGGAAUACACCAUUGUGAAGAAGAGGCCCUCCCACAGCAGCAUUCAAUGGCUGAGCGGAGAGGUGCCUAUAAAGUGUGAUGAUGUUGCUGUGUAUUUCUCUAUGGAGGAGUGGGAGUAUAUAGAGGGACACAAGGAGCUUUACAAGGACGUCAUGAUGGAGACUCACCAAGCACUAAGGACUAUGGAGAUCCCAGGAAACAAGAAACUAACAGGUCACAGAGAUGAAAAUUUAGACACUGGAUCACAUAGAGACCUUGUACAGAAUAUUCAGCCAGUGGAGACCCCAUCAGACAUCUCUGCAGGUCACAGUAAUGAAAAUCUAGACACAGGAUCACAUGGGGACCUUGUACAGAAUAUUCAGCCAUCAGAUGUCUGUGCAGGUGACAUUAAUACUGACGUAGAUGUUAAAACAGAAGAUCUGAGUGUAACGUGUCAGCUGGAAGCUCCAAUGCAGGAAAUGUGUGACAAUGAAGAUGAAAACGAUGCUAACAUUUUAUGUAACACAGAACAAACAGAAGAUCAGGGGCUAGCAAAUAUGCCAGAAGCUGCAAAGCAGGAAAUAUGUGACAAUAUAAGUACAGAUGAAAAAGAUGCUAAGAUUUCAUGUAACACGGAACAAACAGAAGAUCAGUGGCUAAGUAAUAUGCCAGAAGCUGCAGAGCAGGAAAUAUGUGACAAUAUAAGUACAGGUAAAUUCACAAACUGCAAUAAUCCUAGUUAUGAUCAGAGUGCAGAUGCUUCUUUACAUCUUCUUCAAAAUCAAAGAAGCCACGUGGGAAAUUUAUGUUCUAAAUGUGGGAAAUGUUUUCUUAAGAAAUCGCAUCUUUAUAAACAUCUCAAAAUACAUACAGGACAAAAGCCGUUUACCUGCUCUAUAUGUGGGAAAAAUUUUAACCGUAAAAAAAAUAUUGUUGCUCAUCAGAAAAUUCAUAUAGGAGAAAAAGGAUUUUCAUGUUCUGACUGUGGGAAAUGUUUUACUCAGAAAUCAAUUCUCAUUACUCAUCAGAAAAUUCAUACAGUGGAGAAAGGAUUUUCAUGUUCUGACUGUGGGAAAAGUUUUAAUCGGAAAUCAUAUCUUAUUACGCAUCAGAAAAUGCAUACAGGGGAGAAAGCAUUUUCAUGUUCUGACUGUGGGAAAUGUUUUACUUGGAAAUCAAAUCUUACUAUGCAUCAGAAAAUGCAUACAGGGGAGAAAGCAUUUUCAUGUUCUGUCUGUGGGAAAUGUUUUACUCAGAAAUCAAAUCUUAUUACGCAUCAGAAAAUUCAUACAGGGGAGAAAGCAUUUUCAUGUUCUGACUGUGAGAAAAGUUUUAAUCAGAAAUCAAAUCUUAUUAUGCAUCAGAAAACCCAUACAGGGGAGAAAGGAUUUUCAUGUUCUGACUGUGGGAAAUGUUUUACUCAGAAAUCAAAUCUUAUUAGGCAUCAGAAAACUCAUAUUAAAAGUUUAACCUCCUAAGUGCAGAGGGUAAUAUGUAGUUGUCACCCACACAAUACCAAUUGCUGAUGAUGACUGCAUGUGACCUGGGGCACACAGUUUUAGAGCAAUUUGAGGCCCCUUCUGCACCUCAAGCAUUUAUGAGGUGACCCCAGGGUGGAUGUGAUUUAAAUAAAAUUGAUUUCUACUCCAAA